AUGGCCAUUGAGAACCCUGCGCUGCAGAUGCUCGGCAUCAAGAAACUCAAACUGCCGUCCCGGAACUGGCUGAUUUUUUGGACCGUCGUCGCGGCCGUUGGAGGAGGCAUUGUCUACGACAAGCGUCAGCAGUCCGUGCUGCGAGCUCAGUAUAUGGAGAAGGCCAAACACUUUGGCGAGCAGCCGUUUCUGCCCAACCAGUUGCCGCGCAAGCUGCGGAUCUAUGUUGCGCCGCCUCCCAACGAUUUUUUGAGCGAGGGCUUGAAGUAUCUGCGCCGCUUCUGCAAGCCUAUAUUGAAUUCUGCCGCGAUCGACUUCGACAUUUACACUGCUGAAAGACAGGGAGAUAUUCGCCACGCUGUGUCGGAAGAGAUCCGCCAGAUCAGACGAAACAGGCUCCAGACAUCCGCUAAGGAAGAGCCAGAGCCCAAAGUAGAACCAGUGGACCCUGAAGCGACCAAACCCCUAAAAGAGCUGUUCAGACCGGCCGAUAUACUGGGUAUAUUCCAGUGCACCCAACAGCAGCCGUUGAGCUACGAAGACGCCGGCCUAUCUCCGGAAGAUGCAGGCGGGAUCAUCACCAUUGGCAGGGGAGCGUUCAAGGAGUACAUUAACGGGGUUCACGAAGGGUUGUUGGGUCCUUUAGAAAAACCCGAAAAAAAAGAAGAGCCCAAGGACUCCGAGGAACAAAACGACGAAAAAAAGCCAGAACCGGUCGCUCGUCCAUAUAUCGAUCCUGCCGACUACCCGGCUGCUCCGCUCGCGCCAGAAUUGGACUUUAAUAAUCUCCGGGACGAGAACGGCGUUCCAUAUUUCUUCACGCAACCAAUUCUAGCUCUGCAAAACUACAAUGUGGCCGGCUUCACCAAACAGCCAGAGAGAAUAUACAGGUUCUACAACAAGCGCUACCAGCUGAUCGAGUACAACGAACGGCUAUGGGGGCUGAUCACGAAAAAUUCCCGUCCGUUCACUCCUCAAGACAUGAAGCUACUGGAGAGCGAGGAAAACGACUGGCCGCGCAGAUUCGUGAAGGAGUCGCGCGAGAAGGGAAGCGAGUGGACACGUGACUUUGUUGCUGAUCCGCGUGUGCUCCAGCUGCUCAGAGUGUAUGAGAAGAACGAGAACUCGACUGAGUGA